UGAUUGGUCCAUUUGAAUUGAAAGCCGGUUUAAAAAACCUUUUUUCCUGUACCGUCUUCCAUAUUGCCGUUUCAAAUCGGAAAGUGACAAUCGAAAUUACAGUUUAUCAAGUAGGAAGUAAUGGCUGUGGCUAGAUUAAAAGUGGACGUGCGUCAACUUCUCUUGGAUUCGUUCAAGAAUCCAGACUUUUCAGCGUGUCCAUGUGGAGAUAACAUGUUACAGUGGAUUGGAACGAUACGCGGAGGGAAAGGAACGGCAUACGAGGGAAGAGAAUACAAACUAAUGUUGGACUUUCCAAGCACGUAUCCUCAAAAACCUCCAGUGGUGAAAUUCAAGACACCAUGCUAUCACCCAAAUGUUGAUCAACAAGGAAACAUUUGCCUAGACAUCUUGAAGGAAAACUGGUCUUCCUCAUAUGAUGUUAGAACCAUAUUACUGUCAAUACAGCUCUUACUAGGGGAACCGAACAAUGACAGUGCACUUAAUGCAGAAGCUGCAAAAUUUUGGAAUAAAGAAGUUUACCAGAAGAAAUUGGAGAAGUUUGAAAAGGAAAUGGCAGCAAAAUAUUAAUUACUUUUAAUUAGGCAUGUAAAUUAGUUAUGGAGGCAAUUCAGAUGCUACAUACACUGUCUUGUAGCUGCAUGUAUCUUGUAGCUGUAUGUCACAGCUACAUGUAUUUUUGUUUGUUUUAAACAAAUGUUAUUAGGAAUAAUUAUUUAAAAAUGAAUCCCCAUUUUUACUAACAAGUCUGUUUCUAAAGUCUAGUUCAAAUCUAGACAAUAAACUUUACUAAGAUUCUUAAAUUAUAAAUAAAUAUUCUUUUCAUACUGUGCUUUCAUCUUGUUUGGAGCUGUUUUGACUUGUAAAUACAUGUUACUAGUUAAAAAAAUUGUUGGAAAUAAAAUGAAGUUUGUGUUUACA